AUGAGCCAACCAUAUUGGAGUUGGGGAUCAGAUGUCCCUGAAUGUGAUGCACUUAGUGUAGCUCUGCGGAUAUGUAAGGACCUUGAUGAGUUAAACUCUGUUGUGCAGCAGUUGAGAAAUGAGGUUACAGUAUUGCACCAUGAGAAAGGUCAGCUAGAGGAGAGAGUUUUACGAUUGGAAAACUGUAAUAGUCAUGCAGACGCGAGGAAGACUGGGGAUGCUAGAGAGGAGAGGAAUAAGACUGAGGAUGCUGGAAAGGAGAGUCAGAAGACUGAGGAUGCUGGAAAGGAGAGUGAUAAAACUGAGGAUGGUGGAGUAGCAGAAUCGAGAGAGUAG